GUCAGUUGCUGUUAUGUGUUAAGGCACAAGUGCUCUGCUAGCUAAGAGAGGGAAUCACCUAUUUCUAGCACUUUGUUCCUUCGCAAUGUUUCUUAGGACAAAGAUCUCUGUUGCUUUUCACUGCUUCAGUUUCUCCAAUUUGAGCGAUGUCGGUGUCCUUGUCUUUUGAAUCAUACUUCUGGGAUUCAUCAGCCCUCGAGUUCAGGCAAAGAUAUUUGUACGCUCGGCACUUUGGAUGCUUUGGCAAGUGAUUAUCGUACGUUAAAUCGAUGUGAGCACACCUGAACGAAGCCAUCAUGAGUUUGAACAGUUGGAUUUCCUUCGUAAAAGGUCUGUGGGUGGGGUGGGGGAUCCAGCUCUUGGUCGCCGCAAGCGUUGCCUGCAAGAUUGUUCUCGUAAUAUUAGGCAGCCGUCGGAAAUAUAUGACGUGGAUUUCAGCUAAUCUCAUCAUCUGGGCCGCAUAUUUGCUCCUUUCUUACUUUGCGACAAUCGCGCUGGGCAAGCUUACUGUGGUCCGCAUCGACGAUCCUGAAGAUCCAGGUUACGAUGUGGUGUUGCAAGGGCUAUUGGCCCCGUUGCUUCUGAUGCAACUUGGGUAUGCAGACAGCAUAACGGCCUAUGCGGUGGAAGAUAACCGGCUGGGACUGAGACAAAUACUGAACAUCGGGGCUACGGUGGGCGUCGUGAUUUGGAUCCUCAUUCGCUGUGGGGACAGCUCGUCCCCGGUCUCGAACCUGUACUUCCCCUUGUCUGUGGCCGCAAUCAUAAAGUCAGUGGGGUGGGUGUGGGCUCUCCAAUCCGUGUAUGAUGAGAAUUCAAGCGUGACCGCGGAGGACAUGUCCGAAGAAGCCGGCAUUAAGCAAGUGUUCGAAGCGUUCCCUGAGGACGAGAAGUUUGCGUCCACAAAGGACAUCUUGAAGGCCUACUAUCGGUUUGACUGUUUGAAGCCCCAUCUCGUGAACUGGCUGUACCACCCGGUGUUCAUAACCCGCGAAUGGAUGAACAUCGAUGGUUACCCUGCCAACCGCGCUUUCACCAUGACCGAGAUCGAGCUCAACUUCAUGUUCGACGUGCUCUACACUAAAGCGCCCAUUCUGUACACAAAACGUGGCCUCAUAGGCCGCUUUAUUGGCUUCUUCUGCUUGGUGUUGGCCUUGUGUGGAUUUGCCGUGAUCUCCAAGAAUGCCUUCUUGAUCGAUAUGUACAUCACCUAUACCUAUGCGUUACUGAUGGCAGUCACAUCUCUCGAGCUUUAUCAACUCACGAUGCUGGCGUUUUCGGAUUGGGCAGUCGUGAAGAUGAGCAUGCACCUUAAGGCGCCGCUUGUCCUAAGGAUCCUCCCAUUUCUAGCCAAACGGCGCAUGAAGCAGAGAAGAUGGUCGAGGUCGGUAGGGCAGCUCAAUUUGUUAGACCGCCGCCUCUUGUGCAAACAAUGGCCGAAGCCUGUCACCACGGUACUUGAUUGGUUUGAGAAAACGGAGAUCUUCAGGAGGUACUGGUUACACUCCCGCCAGGCCAUCCCUUCGUCCCUCAAGGCUCUGGUGGUUCAAAAUAUAGCGGAGCUAGAGAAGAAAAGACACCUGCUGCCCUUCACAGAAAGAGGCAACUGGACGCUCGAAACUCACGGCAUCCAACAAGAGAAACAAGGACUGAAUGGUAGCAUCGAGAUGACAUUUGAUAGGAGCAUCAUUAUCUGGCACAUCGCGACGGAAAUCCUGCACAAAUUGGAUAGUGAGAACUCCGAUGCUCAUAGAGGAAGCAAACUCUUAUCGGAUUACAUGAUAUACCUCCUCGCUUUGCGUCCUUACAUGGUGUCCCUCACCACUGCCGACAUCACGCUGGAGUACGCUUGUUGCACAUUGAGGGCUUUAUUGAGGUACCGAGACGAGAAAGAAGCAAUUAGCAUACUGUCGUCGCCGGAUGGAGAUAUCCCACCCCCUGUCAAACCAAGUAACGAGACGAGGAUCACUCGUGAUUGGCACGUGUUGUCGGAGGUGCAGAAGCUCGUGGCCGACCUGAGGACAUUGGACAACAAAUGGGAGAUCAUCAGCAGCAUCUGGGUGGAGAUGCUGUGUUAUGCAGCGUACAAGUGUCAUGUGUAUCACCAUGCCAAGCUACUGAGAAGAGGAGGUGAACUCAUCACUCAUGUGUGGCUCCUCUUGGCUCACAAGACUGACAAGUACCAUUCGAGAAUUUCUGAAAAUUCUGCCCCCUCCCCCAAACCCUUCCUGAAGAAAGAUUCUUCUAGUUGCUUCCAAAAGAUCUUUGGGAAGAGAGAUGCUAAAAAUCGAUAUUACAUAUGAUGGGGUAUCGUGCAAUUGGGUUAUUUAUGUUAGAAAAUUUAAAUGUUAAAUUACAGUUGGUUGUGUCC